CGCGUCCAAUGCAGCGUCCACGAGCGUACGAACAGCGCCAUAGGUACGGCCUUGUUUCCCUCUUCUUCGUGUUUGAUCCAUCGUGGGAGCUAGCGAAGAGCUCGCAAUCGCGAUCGCGGGGCUUUGUCGAUCGAAUCCUUUCUCCUCAUAGCCUGGCGCGUGCUCCAAUGCGAUCGUGAGAGAAAGAAAAGGCGCAUUUCCUCCAUGGCGACGCGAGCCCUAGCGCAAGCCCUAGGCAGGCGUGGCGGCGGCUACUGGCGGAGAAUCCUCGCGCCAGCGUCGCCGCGAGUGAUUUUGAGGAAGAAUGCGGUCGAUUCGUGGGGGUUUCUCCGGCAAGCUCGAUUCUUCUGCGACGAGGUGGAAAAAUCUGGAGGAGAAGGGGGUAUGACCGUCCAGGAGGCCAAGCGCUUGAUUCGCCAGGUAAACGUCCAGGCUCUCAAGAAGCAGCUCCACACCAAGGAGUGCCCUUGCAUUGACUACACGGAGCUCGCGAGCUUGUGUAAGGAGAUGGGAUUGGCCGAUUCUUCCGACGAAGCGAGGAAGCUCGUCCUCGCCAUGGAUGAAGCUGGGGAGAUCGUUCUCUUUCGCAACAAAGUUUAUCUAGACGCGCAAGAGAUCGCUGAGCUCGUCUCUCGCGCACUUCCACUCCGCCUGGUCGGUGAGGACGAUCCCCGCGUGAAGGAAUUCGAGGAGCUCCACGACCGCAAGGAAUCCAUUGACGAGAUCGCGGACAGGCAAGUCAGAAAAUUCCUCUGGGUGGGGCUCCUGGCGCUCACAGGCGGGACCGGGCUCUUCGUCCGCCUGACUUUCUGGGAGCUCUCCUGGGACGUGAUGGAACCCAUCGCCUUCUUCAUGACAACGGGCUUUAUCAUCGCGGGCUACGCUUACUUCCUGUUCAGCCGCCGCGAUCCAACUUACCAGGGGCUCAUGCACUCGCUGCUGGCCAGCCGGCGGCGAAGGCUCAUGAGACGAAUGGGAUUCGACUACCAGAAGUACAAAGCUCUGGAGAAGCAGUGCAUCACGACGUGUAAGCUCAACAAGCCGGCGAAACACUUCGAGCACGACGAGGACGACUAAGAACAGCUUACUGCCGAGUAACGAGGUACUCACAUUGGGAGCUAACCAACCUCGACGGUGGUAAUGCGGAUCCACCACCGUGGUAUCCAGAAGUUUUGGGGGGUGUGUGUGUACAGGUAAAACCAGGCAAGGCAAUGAAGAACAAGGUUCUCUUCCAUUUUUCCUUUUU